GGCCUGGGCGGGCGGAGGGAGGCUGCGGAGACAGCGCGGAGCCGAGAGCGGAACGCAGCCGGCACCAGGCACCCACCGACGGGCGCAGCGGGAGCGAGCGGAGCAGAGCCGGAGGCGCGCUCCGAGCAGAGAGAGCUGAGCCGGCCGGCCGGGCGCCCUCCCCAGUCCCUGCUCCCGCGCCGCGCCCCUCCGGCCAGCAUGAGGCUCCUGUCCGCCGCGCUACUCCUGCUGCUCCUGGCGCUGUGCGCAGCACGCGUGGACGGGUCCAAAUGUAAAUGCUCCCGAAAGGGGCCCAAGAUUCGAUACAGCGACGUGAAGAAGCUGGAAAUGAAGCCAAAGUACCCGCACUGUGAGGAGAAGAUGGUUAUCAUCACCACCAAGAGCGUGUCCAGGUACCGGGGUCAGGAGCACUGCCUGCACCCCAAGCUGCAGAGCACCAAGCGGUUCAUCAAGUGGUACAACGCCUGGAACGAGAAACGCAGGGUCUACGAAGAGUAGGGUGAAAAAUCCCUCAUAGGAAAACUUCACACCAGCUGGGAGACGAGCAAAGGACUCUGCAGAUAAAAAACAAACCUUCUCUUUCUCACAGGCAUAAGACACAUAUUAUAUAUUGUUACAAAGCACUUUUUACCAAGGGUCAGUUUUUACAUUUUAUAGCUGUGUGCGAAAGGCUUCCAGAUGUGAGACCCUUCUCUCUUGUGCUCCAGACUUCAUCACACACUGCUUUUUACCGAAAGGGGGAAACUCAUGCCUUUCCUUUGUUAAAAAAAAAAAAAAAAAAAAAAAAAAAAAAAAUGCUUUUUUUUGUAUUUGUCCAGACAUCACUACAUCUGAGCUUUAUAAGCGCCUGGGAGGAACACAGAGCUUGGUUGAAACAUUUCAUAGCAGCGUUGCUCCGUUGCUAAUGCGGGGCGCUUCCGCUCAGAGGUCCUGGCGCCUCCACACAGCUGCCACGGGCUCUCCUGGGCUCACGGUUGGUCACAGCCUUGGGGGGACGCCACAGUGGCCCCCGUCACCGGGCAAGCAGAAGCCGAUCUCUCUGCAAACUUGUGUGAGGGACUCAAGUUUGUCUGCUACAGAAAUGUGCUUCACCCCCCUCCACCCCCAACCCCGGCUAACUUUUACGUAUUCUAGGAAACAUUUCCAAGAUUCUGGGAUGGCAAAGCACGGGGCCCUUAAGGAAGGGGUUGGGUCUUCUCUCCUUCUUGUGAAAGGUUCACUGCUUCAGUAUUUACUGCUUUGGAAGCUUGGAAGCACGCGAAGUUCCCAACACUGUUAGCGAAACCUUACAACAACACUUAAAAAGAGACCAAUCCACGCACAGUACACGGCCACAGACACACUAUUGAUGAUGGAGAACCUUUAAAGCAUGUUUCUUUCCCUCCUGGUGGCAGAACAUGCGGUACGGAAGCAUUCUACCUGUAAUGCCCCAUGUAAUUCUUCAACGUUAAACAGCACAGUCCUCUCUUGAAAGCUACGGCGACCCCACACCCUUUCCUUUGUACAUAGACUCUUAAGAACGCCCCCUCCGCACACUGCCCCUUUGGUAUAUGCCUCGUUGUACUGCUGUGUCAUAUGCUAUGCACGUGUCAGAAACCAUUAGCAUUGCAUGCAGGUUUCAUAUUCUUUCUAAGACAAAAAGAAAAGUAAUAAAAUAUAUUUGAAACGUA